AUGCCAGCUAAUUCAGUCGCACCAUUGAACAUUGCACAUAGGUCGCAAUCCCAAUCAACAUCAUCGUCAAUAUUAAACACAAAACUCAUAUCCUCAGCACCGGCAUCAGCAUCAGCGCCCUCGCUGCUUUCGCCCUCUUCUGUUCCCCCUAUGUCGUCAUCCAAGUUCAAAGGAAAUAUGCAGAAAAACAGCCCAGAUACUCAUUGUAAACUGCAUGUCAUUGAUACCCACAUAUGCGACCGAGAUUCGCAAAAACGCGGCAACAGGAGAUUUUUUACAGAGAGAUACUCAAGUCUGAAAUCAUCAUAUCCACUAAUGUCCCCUACAACGUUCACUCUGGCCAAAAACGACAUCUCCAAAGUCAACAAUUCCGUCAUUUCUCGAUUGAACAGCGAAAUUUUACUUACCUUGUUUCCCCCACCACCUCAUGCGUUCCCAAAAAGUAAGGCCCAAACUACCCCUUGUUCAAAAACCAGGUCUGCCCCUGUUUCUACCGGACUGCCUACAAUUGAGUCUGAAGAACCAGCAGCGUCGUCAUCCGUGUCUCCUCCACCUUCAAAAUCCGGUAAGAACCGGAAUUGGGUCAUCAGCUCGGGCUUCUUUGUUACUCUUACUGAGGAUGGUCAAAAGUCCCAUAUAAGUGUAAUACCAGGAAUCGCACGUUUAAGAGAGCAAGGGUCAGAACCAAAUACACCAGAUACGCCUAUGCUUAAUAUCAAACCCGUCCAUAAUCAAUCUUUACCGCCUUGCCAGCCCUUAUCAUCUUCUAUACCUCCCCCUUCACUAAAUCCAUCCACUACGUAUUGCAGUUCGGACCAAGCUUCUUGUGCGCCGCCACAGUCGUCACGUCUCUCAGAUUACUGUAGUGAUGUCAAGGCCCCAUAUGCGCCAGUACCAUUUUUGGAUGAAAUGAACUCGUUGUCAGAACGUCUCCUAGAGAUUGAAACUCAAAUGAGAAGACCAUCCUUCCUCAUGAAUAGGCGGACAUCUGUCCUAUCGGCGUUAUUUCCGUCAAACAUCAUUGCUCCAGUUUCAGUUUCAACUCCAGUUUCGGCUUCAGUCCCAGUAAUGGGUGAUAUGAUUUCUAAACAUCAGCAAGAAAUACUGCUAGCCGAGCUUUCCUUGACCGUUGGGAGUAUUACCACUCCAUCACCAGAGGUUCCUGCCUUUUUGAAUGGCCUGCACAGCAACAGCAAGAGCGUCAACAACCGCGCGGCUGCGGUUGAAGCUGCCUUUGACAGUGUGCGUGUUAGCGAUGAAGCAACAGAGUCAACAUUAGUAUCAGCACCGCUGAUGGACUGGGCACGGCGACGGAAGCAGCUGCCUUGUCCGACGGACCCACCACUGUCGUCACUGUUUUCAACAAACAUGCCCAAUGGGAAGCCUUACUCAUCCUCGUCUACUAAAGCCUCAGCAAUGUCCUCUACGACUAAAUCAAUGGGUCACAAGCCUCGAAAGUUCUUUUCAGCGCUCACAAAUCCAGGUAUUGGUGCUGGCUCUGCCCCUUCAGUGUCAUCAUUCCCAACACAGAUGUCCCGCCCAUCUCCAUCAGGGUAUCCUCGUUCCAGUACCAUCCCUCUUUUACCGAUUAAGGACGAUCAUGGUGAAGAUAGUAAUGCUUACUGCUCAGCUCUAAGGAAGAACAAAGGCCAUCAAAAGUGGGGUGAACGGCUCCAGUCACUGGUCCACACUUUCCAGUUCACAAAUAAUGGCAACAAAAGUAAUAGGCUUUCUAAAAAAUUAGCGGGUAUCUUGCCCAAAAACCGUUGGGAUAAACGCUCCCGAGGUUCCCCUCGCACUCAUUAUCGAUCGUCAUUUGAAUUAAAGAGAUCAUAA